GACAUGCAGAACCAUUUCCAGUGGGUAGCUUGCUGUCGGCCCGCACGCAUCAUCAGCACCGGGACCACCAUCAGAAAGCGGAUGCAGCGACCACGGACGAAUCCGACACCGAAGCCUGUCAGGAGGAGGUGGACAUCCACCAGCCGCAGCACCUGCUGGAAGCCUUGAGGCGCUGCUUGGAAGCGAGGAAAGAGCUCUCCGUGAAGACGCAGGAGCUACUGAAGGAAGAGAAGGAGGGUGGCAAGGUUUAUGCCACAGAGGUUACUGGGAUCAUGGACCUGAUCAAGAAGGUGCAGGAUGCAGACAGGAUGGACGGCCCAUGGAAUGAGGACCACAAGCAGGUCCUGCAGCAGCUGCUGGAGCAGACUGGCGAAGCAGAGAAAGAAGCGGAGGCCGUUUGGCAAGACCACCACGACUCCGACGCCCACGCCCACUCCGAGCCGGUCUCGGGCGAUUCCGGUGACGCCCACGCCGACUCCUGA